AUGGCUUCACGUUACUGGGGUGAUGAAAAACACCCGGACGCCAUCUAUGCUGUGUAUUUACGCAAGGUUCGAUAUGUGCCGCCGCAAGGAUACGAGGGUGUUCCGGUAUGUACAUUUCUAUUCAGGAAUACGAAACGAAACCGUAGCCGGCCAAUAAAAUGAAAUUGGAAUGGGAACGUUCUAUAUGCUUUUGUGAUCACAAUCUCCCAUUUCAAAGUAGUCCAGAUGGUUGUAAGAUACAGUUUCUCGACCCAUUUCUUCGGCGUAAAAGUGUUCUUCCUAUAGUUAUACCUACCACAUCUUGUUUUCCACGUUUUGUUUAUUUUGUAUACUUGAUGAAACUCGCGCCUAGUAGAAAAGGAACAUUUUUUUCAAUUUCUGAGUAGCAUGUGAAUCCGCAAUUUCGAAACAUGAGAAGGCGUGAAUCUCUGCUCGAAAACGAAAACAAAACAUACGAAGAAAAAACAAAGUGACGAACAUUCUGACAUACUACACUCGCUUCGUAUUCGUGUCUCUGCCUACGAAGAAUGAAAAUCUGGAGUAGUUUGAAACUUCGCACUAGAAGCUAUGAUUUCGAAGGAAAAUAUUCUAGACUGGUUCGGUUCUUCAGUUCGGUAAGGUUUGAUAACGGAAAAGUUCACUUAUAGUGCAAAACUGACCACACCUAAGCGAUAGAGACUUCUUUUGUGUAGAUUGAAGGUUAAGUAGCAGUUAGCCCAACUCCAAUAGCACAUUUUGCAACCAGAUCACACAUUUCGAGAGUGUUAUCAGCAGUUUCUUUGUUCUCCGGCACUGACUCACUGCGCAAUCAGUCAUCGGGAGUCGCCCACAGGAAGACCAAAAAGAAUCGUCAAUAGAGUUUUGAAGAUCAGAUAAACACAAGCAACUUUCAUUAAUCCGACGUGCAAUGUCUGUCCUUCACUUUCCACCAGCCCAAAAAAAAGUGUCCACCCUCAUUACGUCUUGUUUUUGGCAGCCGAAGCCUCGUUUUCUCUCUCUUUCCGCUUCAAUACGAUCCAUCUUAUCACUUUCUAUUUGCCAUUUUGAUAUGGAAUGAGAGGAGGUGCGGGGUGGAGAAGAAGAGGAGAAUGCAACGUUUAUAGUAGUCAGGCGUCAGACGAAAAAGGUGGCCGGGUGACGCGUACUUCUAACUAUUCUCCUCGCGAUUGAAGUCUCCAGUCAUUUUCCAUUCUGGGCCCUUACGCGUUGUCUUCGUCCGCCGCCAAUAGUAAAUCUCACCGGUUUCAUUUCGGAAAAAGGAAUUGGCAUAGGCAAAGCGGCGUGUCUGCUAGCCCCCCCCCCCACUAUAACCUCUUCUAAUCGGCCUCUUCGACUGUCAUAAAGCCCAUCGAACAGUGAAGUAACACAUACUAUGGCGACACGUACUUUUGUCCGCUUUUUAUCUUCUGCCGGUUAUUCACCAACUGCAAGGAAGCGCUCUUCCUCCAUUCAGCAACUCUAUAUUAUCAUGACGGUGAGUACGUUAUUUUUCUUCUUUCCGUUUUCCCGUUCGUCCAACAAUCCAGUUUCCCACUGACACAAUGUAGCCCACCUGUUGGUCCAUAAACCACAGAUGUGGGUUCUGGCUAUCAAACGAAGGUUUUCAAAGCUUUCGUUUUGCACCCACUAAAAUUUCGCGCAUUUUAUUGUCAAUCCUCGUCCAAAUCGGGUUAAUGCAAAAAAAAUAACGCCAGCUGGCCUCGCCCCUCACCCGGAUUACUGGUUUUAUUGCUACCUGACCUAGAUCAUCGUGCACUUUACCACAUGUGUUCAAUCCGAUUCUUCAGGAUUUUCUUUCAAUUCUGAUUGACAAUGUGGUGACUGCGUAACACAUGUUUUGAGAUGCUCUCCUUUGCACAUUCUUCCUCUUUUCCCCACGAAGCGCCACUCAUCAUCUGUCACUAUCGAUAUAGAUUACACGGGGUCCCUCAUUAAACCUCUUUUCGUUCAACUAUCCAAUAUUUUUGCCCGUGUUUCACUUACACCCGAAACAAAUGCAACGUUUUUGAUACCAAAUGAUGUCCGUCACGUACAAGAAGUGUUCUGGCAUAUUCUUGUCUCAACAGGUUUGGUGAAACUUUCAUGCGCAUCAUUAGAUCUUUCCAUAAUGUUGUCAAGCUGUUCUGUUUAGUCAAAUAGGUGUUUAUAGAAUAUAACGGUGCGGAAUGAACAUCUUUCCGGCUUCAAAACGUGUCAGGCGAGGCUGGGAGACAAAGACAUCUCUGAUGGGGCAUUGUGUGUGAACCAAUGAGCCUACUAAAACAUACACUCGCCCAUUUAUUCCCGUCAGUGUAAUUCGUGAUUUAUUGGAUUCAAAACAUUCCUCAUCAUCAAUCAACGUUCACCAGCAAAGAUUUAUUAAACAUGCAAGAGCUCGCAUGCAUCAGGAAAUAUGGAAAUUCUUUAUUCCUUGAUCAAUAGAGAUCUCUUUUAGCACACAAGUACCAGCACCUGACGCUCUCUACUUGUGUUGCCAUCAAAUGGUUACACAGUGCCAAAAACCUUCUGUACAUAUAGGGCCAAACCUCUCUCUCUCUCUCUCUCUAACUCUCUCCGCAUCUUGCUCUUUUGUAGUCCAUUCGAUGUUUAUUCGUUUUUCGUUUUCGUGUGCUCUAUUACACGUCAAAAGUGAGUCAGAGCAUUCGGCCCGGGGGCACAGCAUAUGUUCGCCUUCACUUUUUCGCGCCCCCGCCACCACUCGGCAACUCGCCUUCCAUUGGAUCUUGUUUGCACUACUUUCGCCAUUGCCAUUAUUGCGGCGACAAGUUGCCGAAAGUUGGAAACUUGUCUCUAAGCGGAUUAUUGCAAAUUAAGAAAUCGCAUGAAAUUUUUCGAACGAUCGCGCGCACCCUUCCGUCCGCGAGGCUUCGCUCCCAUGCACACCGAAAAUAUGCCUCCUGAAUCGAUUGUUUUCGUGCGGUUUCCGGUCAUUCCUGAUCUUUUCUAUCAAUCUCCUCGCGUCCUCAGUUAUGUGUCGUUUUGCGGAACCGGCAAAAUUCUCCAUUCUUCAGCUGCCUGUACACCGUAUCUAAUGCAAUACUUCACAUUUGAGUCACUUACUAAUAAUUUACUACCGGUUAGUAAUCAAAAAUUGGUAAAGAGAUGUGCUAAAGUUUGCAUUUUAUCGUAUUCCAUUCGUUAAUUACUUUUUUUCAGAGGUAUCGAGCGAUCGAUCCGGAUCGGCCCAAAAACGAGAGCGCUGAUAUGUCUGGGGCGGAUCACCUUGAGUGGGAAUCCGUCAAGGAAAAGGUGAUCAAGGCUGGAACAGUUGAACGACUUGUGGUAAUUGCUUUCGGAAAUUAUGACGCGUCUUACGGCGAUUCGUUUUUGUAGGAAUGCCUCGUCGGCGGCGAUGACAUGAUGGAUUCGCGGCAUUUCAACGUAUUUUUUGCAACCUACCGCGCAUUCACCGAUGCGGCCAUCGUCCUGGACUGGUUAGUCGCUUUACUGAGACCAAAUCGUUUUCGAAAAGAACAUUUUGUAGUUUGUUGCGAAGGUAUGAAGCACUGGAGAAUGAGGUCAACGGAAGCACAUCAGCUUUGCUCGUUCAAAAGUAAUAUCAUCGCUGUCGUGCCUGCGAAAAACAACAUUUUUUUCAGCUCAAUCAGACAGAUUGUGAUGUGCUGGCUUGAAACUUAUCCAGAAGACUUCUACGAUCCAGACAAAGAGUUUUCCAUGCUCACCAAUUUAUUGGACUUUGGAGGCAGAAACAAGUUGACAGAGUUACGUGCGAAAGCACGGAAGCAGCGCGAGUGCUUCAAACGGAUCUACGAUGAGGGAGGAAUCAUUUCUGCUCUUCCAUCACUCGGCCAAUACGUUGCCAAUAUGGGUUUUGAUCCCUCUGACUACCCAAACAACAUCAAGGAACGAGUGAAAAUGUUUGAUGUUGGCAAGGAGAAUUGUGUCCAAAUUGCUGAGCAGCUGACGUUCUGGGAUGCGGUUAGUUGAUUUAUUAAUGUGGUCGGGCGUUUUUUCUCACUUUCUGAUUUUUUGCAGGCGUUGUUCAAAGAGCUGUUAAUACAUCAGUGCCAAGGAUGUGUGUGGUCAAAGCGAAGGACGGCGGGAGAGCGAGUCUACACUGUUAAGGCGACCAUCGAGCAGUUCAACUCGGUAUCUCAGAGAGUCAUGACGAGUAUUGUGCUUCCCGAUUGUCGACCCGAAUACCGGGCAAAGAUUAUCAGCAAGUGGAUUGACAUCGCAAGGGAACUGCGGGCUCUUAAGAACUUCUCCUCGCUCAAAGCGGUUCUGUCAAGUCUCCAGUCCGAACCAGUCCAUCGCUUGAAAUCUGCUUGGAACUUGGUCUCAAAGUGAGUUUUCAGUCUUUUCCAAGCAAAUAUUGAAUCAAAUAACAACGGUUUCUUUCAGUCGGUCUAUUUCACAAUUCCGUGAGCUCUCGUCGAUCUAUGAGACAGACGAAGACGGCGAUCAAGGGAAUGCGAGAAAGAUAUUGGAGCAGGAAGGGACUGCGAAGAGCUCGCCACUCCGACGUCCUCAGCUGAUCCAGAACUGUCGGCGGACAAAAAGCGAUGUGAACUUGGCAGAAUGUCAAGGAACUGUGCCAUAUCUUGGAAACUUUCUGACUGAUUUGGCUAUGGUUGACGAGAGCACGCCGGAUUACACUCCAGGUUUUGAACAAUUCUACUUUAGUUUCAAUGUUGAUAGUUUGUUUUCAGAAAACCUUAUCAACUUUGAGAAAAGGAGGAAAGAGUUUGAAGUUUUAGCAAAAUUGCGGCUGUUCCAGUCGGCCGCCCGUGCCUACAACAUCCCGAUGGACCGGAUGUUCUGUGCUUGGUUCUACUUCCUGCCCUGUCUCGAUGAAAACGAGUGCUUCAAUCGGUCUUUGGAAAUUGAGAAACCGCCAAUUCACUCGACUCCGGAUCUGUCGUCCUCGAGGAUUAACAGCAGUCUGCUGAGCAAUGGCUCUCAGAGCACACCCAUCAAAAAGUAAGAAAGCCUUUUGAUUCCAAUCUGAACGUCAUGUUUCUAGCUCCACACUGUCAAGAUUGUUCAACUCAUCAAAAACUAGUGAGGACAGUGGCAGUCAUAACGGCACCAACGGCACAUGGCACCAACAUUCUCAUUCGUACUCCUCGUCGACCAACUCUCAGAUACCAUCCAUCAACACCGGAAGCUCACUGAACAUCUCCGACAGCGGAACCCCGCAACACUCGCGUGAUAGCGGGCUGCAAUGUGAAGACUGGAUUGACGGAAGGCUGGACGGCGGACCACCCGGUCCUGUGCCGCUUUCCGGAACGUCAACUUUGCCCAGAGGGACGAACACGAACACUCCAUCUAGUGCGAAUGCUUCAUGGACUGGCGGCAGCGAGUUCACGCCGUCUUCCCUGUUCCCGUACAGCAGUCACAACCGUAGCAAGAGCGGAGAAUCCUCCCUUCAAGAAGUGAAUACGUCAAUUUCAACAAGAGCGAGUGCGGAUGGAACGGUUAGUUACAAUAAUCAAUUAAUGCCUUCAUGAUAAUAACUGAUCAAUUGCAGAGUGGAACGCAAUCGCUGUCCCGAAGUGCCACUCCGAUCCGAACAAGACUUGCUGAAGUGUUCGACUCGAAAGUGUUUUCACAUCAAAAGAAGGGAAGCGACGCCUCGAGUUGUUCAUCUUCUUCUUCCCUGUCAGCCAAUGGAUCCUCACAAGCUCAAAAUUCAUUUUACCUGGCAAGAGUCGGCUUAGACGACGAUCUUCAAAACACUGACGGUGCCAACUACAAGUGUAUUAAGGUAAGACUUGGUCCAGUUCAAGAAAAAUAAUAACAAUUUGCUUGUAUUCAGAUUGAAAAUGGCGACCGGAUGCCGCAAUUGAUUGCUCGUGCUCUUGAGAAACAUUUGCUAGAAGACGACAAGAAUAAGUAUCUGCUCGUUCAACUUCUGCCACGUGGCGGAGAGUUUGUUCUGCCCGACAACUGCAAUCCGUUCUACGCGAUGGCCCCCGAUCCGACAUCGCCAAUGUUGAAUCUCAUUCUGAGGUGCGACGCUCUCCCCCAUAACAUCUGACGUUUUUGCUUUUCCAGGAAGCGGGACGGAAACGGAACGAUUGAAGGUGGUGUGUCACCUCAAUUGGGUCCUUCGGCCAAGAAACUCAACCGCAUGAAACGCACGAAUCUAUUGCGAUGGAGCAGUGGCUACUUGUGA